AUGUCGAUGUUCCUUUCAAAGUUUCUUUCUGGAAGGAACGUUACAAAGACAAAGCUAGAAUUACUCUCAGAAGCAUGGAUAAGCAUUCAAAAAUAUUAUGAGACAGCAGCAGAUCCUUUAAAGGACGCAGUUGAUUUGACGCCUAUUCCCUGUAGUCUACAAAACAUUGUCAAGUUAAUACAGGCAGAAGAAGUUGAAUAUCAAAGAGCAACAGGCAGUUUAGAAACAGGUCCUUGUUUGGAAUAUUUGUUACAAAAGCGUGUGUUGGAAGAACUCGCUGAAUUCGCUAAAGUGGAUACGCCUUAUGGUAUGCGUGUUCAUUGUUUGAGGUUUUUCUGUAGUCUGGUAACCAAUGUUCAUGCUCAAUUGUUACCGGAAAGAGCAGUUCAUGUUCCGCUUCAAAAAUUGAUCACCUCCUCACAUCGGCUGAUCAGUCGUCAUUACGAGGAACUGGCGACAGAUGCUGAGGCUUGUUCUGAGGAAAGAUUGGCUGCUAUUUCUGAAUUGUCGCUUGAAUUAGUUAAAUUAAUGCAUGGUAUCUUUUCUCAUUUUAAAGGUGCGAAUGCUGCCCUGAUGGAUUUGUUUUUUGAGCGAGGCUGGUGUCGAUCCCGUGGUGAAAACGUAUGGCGUUGUUCUAAGGAUGGCAAAACAUUACACAGGCGUCGAGAAAGCGCUGAAGAAAAGAUUGCUUGGGAUAUGUUCUUGACUCCUCGAUUUGACAUGUUUCAAGCCCUGAUUGACUUUAUGAAUAUACCAGGCGAAACAGGCGAAAUUGCAAGAGAGGCUAUUUUGUUUGCAUUAAGAUUAUUAGAAGACGAUCCAGAAUAUGUGUGUUAUAUUGUAGAAUACUCCAACUUAUGUGAAGUGAUGGCUGAACGACUUGCCUUAUUCUUUGCUAGUUUGCCUAAAAAUACAGGCGCAUUUACUAUCUCUAGCAAUAACCGAAUUACUUCUGUUAGACCUUCUCGGCGUCAUAUUCGAUUCUCUAUACCAGCCAUGAUAACAAACAACAGCCUUAUUAUCACAGUCAAUGCACAAAGUAGUUUUAAAAAGAAGCGUAGAAAGCGCAGUCCAUUCGAUGUUAAUUUUGUACGCACACUUGAAAGCAUUCAAGAAGGAGAGCGUUUGGUAGAUGAAUUUUAUAGUUUUUGGGAAUAUCUUAAUGAUGUGGCUCGUGUGGCCGAAAAGCGAUUAAUGACGGCCUUGAUGGCACAACUCAUCACAAGCUUUUGGCAUCCUGUGAUCUGUACAGCACUCAGUUCACCUUCUGCUGAAAUAGCUACUGCAGCCACAGCCUAUACGACUGAAAUGAUACGUUCAUUAACAGAUCAACGGUUGCUUCAUGUCUUUCUUGUCGUCUUGUUGGGUGAAGAUAGUGGUAUUGGCAAAGAUAUUGAGCCUGAAAUCAAAACGAACAUACCCAUCAUGGAUUUGGUAGACGAUGAUCGUGACGAUAGUGAUGAAGAGUCUAACAAAGAAGAAGAGGAAGAAGUCAAGAAAGACGAUCCUGAUGAAGGAUUGACAUUAAGAUUGCUUUUGAUUAACCGUAUUGAUUCAGACAAUCAUGAUCUUGCCUUAGCUUCAUUGCGUUUGUUUGAUACUAUUUUGGAAACAUACAACCAGUUUGCUAUCUAUAACCUUGUACUCCGUAAUUAUUUGGAUAUUUCGCCUGAAGGAGAAUACAUUGAAGAUGAUUUGAGGGAUGCUACAGACACUUCUUCUCUUGGAUCCAAAGCUAUCGAUGAUCGUGGCAGUGUGACUACAAUAGAGGAGCCUAAAAUAGAUGACCUUGCCGUAGGCGACAAAGACAGCCUGGCUAAAAAAGACAUCAAGACUGAAAAAGUACGCUGGCUUGUAGAAAGGGUCUUGUCCUUAUUACCUCUGGAAGAUGAAUUAGAACGCAUGAAGUCACCACCCUUAUCUUCUGUCAUCCCUUCUGAUUCAUUUGCAUCUGCUGUACGUGGACAACAAUCACCCGAAGAAAAAGACAAUCCUUAUGCUGUUGUUCCUGGCAAUAGUUAUGAUGAUUACUUUCAUGAAGCACAAGAACGAUUUCAUUAUGCACUUUUGGCUAAGAAUUUCUGGCAAGUGCCUUAUCCUCCUGUAAAAUCACGCAAGGAUUUUGAACGCGAAGCCGAAGAUCGUCAUGGUCGUCCUGUGCGUCCUGCAAGCAAAUCCACAGAAGCAACAGCAGGCACCAACAAUGACCCUUCCACUACAGGCGAUCAAGCGAGCAUCACCAGUACAGCAACCAACAACACAACCACCAAGAAACCCGAGGCCUACGAAGGACUGUUUCUCAGUCGUAUCUUUGAUCAAUUCUAUAAGAUGCUUGAAUUGCCUAUGGAACAGAACUUAUUGAUCACCAGUAUUUUACAAAAGAUUGCAGGCGUAGUCGAUAAACGCAUGGAUGGUGUCAUUUGUGAUUGGCGUGCUGUUCGUGUGGGUGUGGAUGGUGCACUUUAUGGUGGUGUCUGGGUCUUGCCUUCGGCCAAAAGCAAUCGACGUAGUCUGUAUGCUCUUUUAGAACAAGUCACUUUUGAAGCCCUUAAACGAGCUCAGCUUGUGCCUAAUUUCGAGACACGUAUUUCGAUUGCUAAAAAGAGAGGCAUUUUACCUGGAACUAAUGGUCUGCCUCAACCAUCUACUGACCUUCAUUAUCGAACACAGGCAAGAAGAGAAAACCUACACAAUUUGAUAAUUAACCAUCAAGUGACAAACACAAACACAACUCACCGAUCACCUGUGUCUCCUAGCGAACGAAACCCUCAUCUAUCCAAAUUAGUCUUUCAAAAGGGCUCGAAUUCAACCUUAAUGCCUACUUCUCCUCGAAGUCCUACAUCACCAGUGGGUACGAAAUCAGCUGGCUUGUUACCUCUGCGUAUUAAUCGUGAUAUGGGCCUAGGCGGAGGCAGCGGUGUCUCGCCCAAUGGACCCAAUUCACCUUCUUCUUCCUUUUUCCAAAACACACAAAGAACACCUGUGACCAUGACAAACCCUUUUGCCAAACUCACGAAUUUUGUCAAUUCUUACAUUGUGCUGCAGGAAUUUUGUAAAGAACUCGCGGCUGUGAUUCUUGUACGACAUGCAACGAACUAUAAUGAAAUCGGAUUUGUUCGAUACCAAGAACAACGAGAAAUGAUGAUGAUGGAUCAAGCCUUGGAUGAGAUGAUGGAUGAGGAUGAAGAAGACAUGAGUUACAAACAGCGCAAUUUUGAUAAAUGGAAAAAUCGCAUUUCUGUCGUCUCAACCAUUGCCGAUUGGCGAAGUGUGCGUAGUCUAGAUACCAUUGAUGAAGCUAUUACUGCCCGUGUACCUUCGAGAACAACAGGUUCAACAGAAGGUAUCAAAAGCUAA